CGGACCCUGCCCCCGGCCCAGCCCGAGGCCAGAGCAGCCGCGGCGGGAGGACGAGGAGGAGGAGGCGCCGUCGCAGGAUGAAGGACCGGACGCAGGAGCUGCGGAGUGCGAAAGACAGUGACGAUGAGGAGGAGGUGGUCCACGUGGAUCGGGACCACUUCAUGGAUGAGUUCUUUGAGCAGGUGGAGGAGAUCCGGGGCUGCAUCGAGAAGCUGUCGGAGGACGUGGAGCAGGUGAAGAAGCAGCACAGCGCCAUCCUGGCCGCCCCCAACCCGGACGAGAAGACCAAACAGGAGCUGGAGGACCUCACUGCAGACAUCAAGAAGACGGCCAACAAGGUUCGGUCCAAAUUGAAAGCGAUCGAGCAGAGCAUCGAGCAGGAGGAGGGCCUGAACCGUUCCUCCGCGGACCUGCGCAUCCGCAAGACUCAGCAUUCUACACUCUCCCGGAAGUUCGUGGAAGUAAUGACCGAAUAUAACGCGACCCAGUCCAAGUACCGGGACCGCUGCAAGGACAGGAUCCAGCGGCAGCUGGAGAUCACCGGAAGGACCACAACCAACGAAGAACUGGAAGACAUGCUGGAGAGCGGGAAGUUGGCCAUCUUCACGGAUGAUAUCAAAAUGGACUCCCAGAUGACGAAGCAGGCGCUGAACGAGAUCGAGACGAGGCACAACGAGAUCAUCAAACUGGAAACCAGCAUCCGCGAGCUGCACGACAUGUUUGUGGACAUGGCCAUGCUGGUGGAGAGCCAGGGCGAGAUGAUUGACCGAAUUGAAUACAACGUGGAACAUUCCGUGGACUACGUGGAGCGAGCUGUGUCUGACACGAAGAAAGCCGUGAGAUAUCAGAGCAAGGCCCGGAGGAAGAAAAUCAUGAUCAUCAUUUGCUGUGUGGUGCUGGGGGUGGUCUUGGCGUCAUCCAUUGGGGGGACGCUGGGCUUGUAGGCCCACCACCCCUGUCUCCCCCAGACCCUUCCCCACCACAUCGGGAGCAAUACCCCCACGACCCCUGUCACUCCAUCCCUGCUCCAGGCUCACCCCAAGACAGACCCAGGCAGCCCACCCUUACCCCCCCACCCACCUCCCGCCAUCAGACCCUGGAGUCCCUGGACCUCACUGCACCGUGGACCCUCCCCCCACAUACAUAGCAGCAGGCGUGAUUACACAUGCACACCAACAUGCAUGCCGCCGGCAUGUGCUCGAGACGAGUGGACACCCCAGCGUGUGUGUGUGUGUGUGUGUGUGUGUGUGUGUGUUCACAGAUGUGUGUAGAAGCAUCACGUCACCCUCCUUGCCCCCACCGGUCUGUGUGUUGUCUUAGCUUUCCCCUUCGCUCAGUGGUUGUGUAGACGGUGGCUGGGAUCACACAGCAGCCUACCGAGCCCUGCUCUGUCUUCUGUGAACAGGUGUGUAUGUGUGUGUGUGUGUGUGUGUCUGCAGGUCUGUGGGCACAUAUCUGUGUACAUGGACUUUGUUGUUGGAGUGUUUGAAUCCAAUGCAAUAGCACUUCUUCCACUGACACCCUCCCCCACAUCUGCUGUGAACGGGCAGGCUGUGGGUGUACAGAGCUCACUCCCAGAGGAUCCAGGUAGGCCCCAGUUCACAGGCCACGGCAGGCACCCCACGGAGAGAGAUGUGAGCCAGUCUUCCUGGCUGAGUCACCCCAGGCAUGGGUCCUAGGGGAGUGUGUGCAUAUGUGUGCAUGUGUGUGCAUGUGUGUGUGUGUGCGCGCGCAUGUGUGUGAUGAGCUGUGGAGUUGAGCCAACAUAAGAGGAAGCACACACGUAUAAAUAGCCUGGCUUGGCUUGCACGUACACAUACAUUUCCACAGCAGGUGAUGUGAGAAGCACGUGUGUGUCAGAUCUGCUGCGUGCUGGUCGUCUCCUCACACAGAGCCAUCCCUGAGGGCACCGGGCACGCUCGGGUGGGCACAGGAGGCCGUACUUCGAUGCUGUUCGGAUGGUCCGUGUGAGCAUGCGUGUGCACUGCACAGAGGCUCCUCCACAGUGCUCUGUCCUGUUGACUGUGUGCACACGUUUCUCUUUAAGGUCCCGUGCCCCAUCCAGGUUUGUCUGUGCAGAUUGACUUGCCCCUCCCUCUCUCCCCGGAGCCGCUGCCAGUAUCUGGCGAUGGCCACACACUGCAAUAUCAACAUUGUGCAGCGGCGCCUCCUGCCCGGGCAGGUGUCAGAGCCCCUGACACAGCCCACACGCCUCUCUUCCCGUCCCUGCCGGAGGACCGGCUGUGCCCAUGAGGGCCGGGACACCGUGCGCUCACUCAGGCCAAGGCUCAGGAGCCUGGUGCAGGGGACCGCGCCCCCGCACACUGGGGCGCACACAGGCCUGCCCCCGUCCGCACAGGAAUGCCUCCUAGAAGGGCUAGUGUGAGAACAGACUGAUGAGGCCAAUGUGGAGGGCGACCCCAGACAGCGAGGGAUGAGAGAUCCCGCCUCCCGCACACUUACCUCAGAGCAUUUGUCUCCCUCGCCCCACCCGAUGCUCUGGGCUCCGUCUCAGGGACCUCGGUCUGGGGAGCUGUGUGUUGCAAGCGCACCGGAGUGGCCAGCGUGGCAGCAGCCGCUCAGGAUGGGCCAAGUGCUAGGGUCCAGCCCCUGGACACAUGUGCCGAAAUGUCUGCAAUCACUGCUCCCCACCCAGGUGGGCACAGGCCUGGGUUUCUGACGGUGAGGAAAGGGCUAGCUCCUGCUGACGAAGGCAGCACAUGCACAGGCAGGUUUGUGCGUUUGGUGGCUGAUGGGGGUGCAUGAGCAAAGGAUAAUGUUAGAAGCCCCUGUGCUCCGUGGCUGAGGAACAUGGAUCCACACGAACAGGACUGAACACAGUGUGGGCAUCCAUGUGCACUGGGUAAAGGACUCAGGGUUGUGUGCAGAUCAUUUCCCAGGGUUCCGCUUUAUGUGAAGCGUGUCCGUGUGUGUGUGUGUGUGUGUGUGUGUGUGUGUGUGAAAGGGGGGGGAACAGAUGUGACCUGGGACACAGUACCCUCCCCAGCCCCACACCAGCUCUUCCCCACCUGGCUGUUUGGGCUCUACUUGUGUGUGGCCAAUAUGUGUAAAUCCCAAGGUGUGCUGUCCUGAAGAAGGGCCCUGACUGCAUUCCCAGAAUGCCCUUCUGCAGGACAGGAAGUGGCCCUGUGUCUGCCGGCAGCCCUCCUGCUCCCUUCUCACUUUUAGGGGCGUCAGAGAAGACCCCGGCACUCCCCCCCCGCCUUUUUCCUUCCGGUGCCCAGCCAGGACUCCCUUUCCGCCAGGUGUUUCCUGAGUUCGCUCGGCCUUGGGACCACGGAGGCUGGAGCCAGGCUGCUGCCUCCCUGAGUGGUGUCAGGCCCAUUGCUGCCAUCUCAGUGUCAGGCCACAGGACCCCAAGGUCUGCUGCGCCCCAGCUUCCCUGAGUCCCAGCCUCAUAUGAUGUGUUUGCUUAUUGGCUGCUGUCCCAUGUGCUCUGGAGUGUUGUCUGGGGGUGGAGUCUUUUACGUGGUCUUGGAGGUGUGUGUGCUCCCACCCGCCCACACCGACAGCCAUUGUGCUCCAGGUGGUCCCGGGCCUGGCCAGGGCUCACUGCUUCCCUUCCCUUCCCCUUUAACCCCAGCUCUGCCUCUCACAAAGCACACUGCGCGUGUCCAUCCCAUGUGCCUGUGGGUCGAUGCACGCUCAUGCCACGCCUUGGGCGUGUGUACAUGAUGUGUUCUAUGCAUUCACCCUGCCCCCCAGCCUGCCCCGCAAAGGACAAGAUGGUGGCCCCCGGCUCCCUUCCCACCUGCCCCCUGCCCGCUGUGCAGCCGUGUGCGUUGGCGUGUGUUUCCGUGUCGCUGGCGUGUCACGUGAUGUAGCUGUGUUUGCUGACUUGAGCCCCUGCCCCCUCUGUUUCCCCUUUGGUUUCUAGAGCUUUCCCUCGCCUCUCCAGAGGGGACAGGACUCUUGGGGCCUGGCUGGGGGCCCAGAGCCAGGCCACCCUCUCCUGUUAGCCCUCAGAGACCCAUUUCUCUCUAUUGGUGACCAAGUUGCAAAUGGAUAAAACACAGGAAAAUUCUGCCCUCUCUCCCCAGCCCUGCAUGUCCUGUCCCCAAAGCCCCCCACCCCUGGGCCGGGUUGGGCCCCGUGGAACGGGAGAAAUAGCAACCAAUCCAACAGCGGG